AUGCUUCAUACCACAAAAGAAGUGGCUGAUCAUGAAGACGUCAGCGGGUUUUUAGAGAAGUCUCUUUUCUCUAAUAAAUUGAAAAAUACGGUUUUUGGGUUUUUUGGGCAGCUUUUUGAGGUUAAAUAUAGCACAAAAAUAAGGAUCAAGCAGCAGCUAUUAUAUGAAAUUACCAUAAACAUAAUCAUAACCCUUCAGCUAACUUCUUUGACAUGGUACCCCAAUUUAGAGGUAGAAGAUUGAAAAUCCUAUAUAAUCUUCUGGCAAGGCAUUGGAAUUAUAAGCUACGAUCAGGUAUGUGCCACAUUUGGAGUCAUGGAUUUUUGCUUCUAUGGGACGAUUUCCCUAAUUGGAGCAUGCGUUUUAUCUUUUGCUACCUUUGGCACAUAUGUCUAUUUAGGCAAGAAAGCGCCUGAAUUAGUCAUUAUUAUACCUAGAAAAAUAGCUUUAAUGCUAUCCACGGUUUGCCUAAUCCCAAGUUCCAUGAUUUGUCUUAUGAUUACAAAAUAUUCUUUAAUUAAUGCAAACUACAUUGAAGAAUAUGAUGGGAAAACUUCAUCAGGCAGCCUAAAUUAUGGAAUUUAUGGUGCAGUUUUUGCUUUGUUUUGCAUUAUAAUUUUAUUUCCUAUAAUUUUGCUUUCAGAAGCUUUCACUUGUGAUAUAAAGCAUUCACAUGCAAGGAAAAACAUAAAAGCCCGAUCAUCAGCCGAAUUAGACAUACAGAGACGGUGCUUUUAUAUGUUUAUGUCUGUUUUGUAUGUUUCUUUUGGCUCAAAGCACACAAUUAUUCAUCAAAUUAUUGCGUUAGUAUUUGCAUUAUACUUGCUCUAUAAGUGCAACGUAUACAUGCAGUUUUAUAAUUAUUUAGAAAAUUCCAUUCAAGCCUGCAAAAUGGCCUCGAUUUCGUCAACCUUGAUAGUUUUUAUUUUCGGGCAAAUUAUGAAUAAUGCACUUAUAAUAGUGAUUUUUAAUUUAUUUGUCCAGCCACUGAUGAUGCUGUUUUGUGUGCAUAUUGUAAUAGUGAAUUAUAAGAAAUUGCAGCAUAAUCAGAAAAUUUCUGAAAAUCAGUUUGAGUUUGAGUGCAAAAUUCGGCAUUUACUUACAGAUAAAAAGCUUGAAGAUAAAUUAUCAGUACUCAAAUUAUUUAAAAAAUACUCAAAGUGCAGCCAUUUCCAAAAAAAUAAGCUUUUUGUGAUUUGGGAAUUUAAUUUUUGUCUUUCAAUAUUGAAAAAUGAAAGACUUGCGAGAAUUAAAUUAUCAAAAAUCGGCCACUUUGAGUCUUCAUUUGAAGGCGAUAUACAAGAAUGGAGGGUGUUUUGUUGGCUAGUCCAAAGAAAAUGCCACUCUUUUCCAGAUAUACUCAUUUAUAGUGAACAAAUAAUUAUCUAUAAUAAAUAAAAGAAAUUGCAAUUUGUUGUAAUGAGUUUACUAUUUAUCUGGAAUAUCUAAAAGAAUUCGCUAUAAUAAAAAGACAAGACGAAAGAUUAUGUGAUUUUUUAAUAGAAUUACAAGAAGAAUUUUCUUUAAAAAUACCCAGAGUAAGAAAGCUUGAAUUCAUAGUAGGAAAAGCUUGCUGUUCUAUAGAAAAUGUUAAUAAGGGGUAUAAAAACCUAAUAGAGAAAUAUAAGAAUGUUGAAGCCUAUGAAAACUAUAUCAGCUUCCUCCAAAAUAUCAUGAGUAAUCAUGAAGACGCAGAUAAAAUAAAUAAAAAGAAAAACGGCCUUGAAGUGACUAUCCAAAGAAACGAAAAUCAAAAUUUAGAAAAUUAUGGGAAAAAUUUAGCCAUAAUUUUAGUUACUUGUGCUGACAAUUCUUUUGGUAAAAUUGUCUAUAUUAAUGACAAAGCUAAUUUUUUUAUUUUAAAUUUAAAUGAACAGUAGUCAAAAGCUUUCUCAGACUUUUUCAAGCAGCUCAACAGGAAGUUUUUAUAAAGACCCAGAAAACCCGAAACCAAAUGAGCCCCCGUACUCUUUCCCAAUCUGUGCAAUUUCAUGGGCAUAGUGCUUCGCGGCAACAUGGAAGAAGAGCGAUGGAGGUUGGCGCCAAAUUCAGAAGGGCAGAGAUAAGCCAACUUGUGGAUACGGAGAAUGUUUAUGACCGUUAAUUUAAGAAAUGAAGUGACGCGGAGUGUGCUGGGGCCUUCCAAGAGGUCAAUCUUUGAAAUUCUUAAUGAUAUGGAUGUGGAAAUGGGAAUGAUAGAAAUAAAUGUUUUGGAUUUUCUUGGCAUGCUCAAGGCUGAAUAUAGGAAGGACAGGGACUUUGUAAAGGAGGUUAAGGCAUGCAUCAAAGAGGACUUGGGGUAUAUUUAUAAGAACAAAAUCUUGGAGUGGAGAGAUAAGGGCGAGAACUUAAUCAUGAUGGUUAUCAAAGAAGACGAACUAAAUAUCCUCUCUGAAAAAGGAAAAUGGUUUGUGAGGUGAUUCUGCAUACUUUAAAUAUCGACCCCAUCUAUGUCAAUGGAUUGCAAGACUUCAGGCACUACAGGCUUAGAAUAAAGGUGGAUUACAACAUUCCUCUGGAGUUAGCGGUUUCCCAGAUUGAGAAGAAAUGGUGGACUUGGGAAGUUAAGGUGGACACUGAAGCAGGAUUGCCAAAUGGGGAUUUAAUAGCAUUUGUGUGACUGAAGGAUGAAGAAGAAAUGAUGGAGUUAAGCAACUAUGUGGAUAUCCUAGGAUAUAGGUGUAGCAUGACCCAUGCUUUCAUGUUUAAAUGCAACCUGUGCGGAAAUCAAGGACACCGCGAAGAAGAUUGUAAUGAGGCAAAAGAAGCUAUCAGAAGCCUCGAAGCGAUUGAGAGAGAAAAGUCGAAGCUUGCGCAGGAGAGAUUCAGGACAACGCAGCUCUAUUAUUGCAGGGUAGAAACUGGGAUGGAAAAUAUCAUAACAAAUAUGCAGGUUGAAGAGAGUAGUCUUAAAAUCAAGAUGAGAAAAGGAGUUUACGGAGAAUUGGAAUGCUUUGAGGAGCCUAUGUUGGGAAGAAAUGUACAAGUGGCUCUUAAGAGCCUGAUGAUAAAGUUAAGCAAGUACAGUUUUGCACUAUGUGUUAAUGAGGAUGAAUGCUACAUGGGGUUCAUCCAAAGAAGGCGGAUACUGGUGUUGAACAUUUCAGAGGGUGAUGCUAGAGUAUGAAAGAUGGAGGCAGAAGAACCGAGAAAGAUUGAAUCUCUGAAAAGAAAGCUUGAUUGAACGGAAAGCACAAUGAAAAAGCUUAAGACGAGCAAUAAGUACAUACAGCUGACAGUUGAGGAUUGCACCAAAAAAAGGAAUGAAGAGUCAGUAGGCCCUAAGAGUUGCAUCAAGAUAGUGCACUUGAAUAUAUGUGGAUUUGAAAGGCAAACUCGAUGAAAUAGAGCAGAUGCUGAGGGAAAAGGACAUUGACAUUCUGGGAAUCUGUGAAACUCAUCUGAGUGGAGAAGAAUUUAUCUCUGUAGCUGGCUAUCAGUGAAUUGGAAACGGGAUAAGUAAAAACAGUAGCGGAGUAGGAUUUUUUCUGAAAAGGGACAUAAAGUGCAGUGUCAUAGAGAACGGAGCUCCGGAAAGUGAAGGCAGAUGUAUAAUGCUGGAAGUAGAUAAUUUGAUAAUCAUGGAAAUCUAUGUACCGGUAGAAUCCACAGGGAGAGCAAUCAGAGACAGUUUUUUUUGAUAUCUUGAAUGAGGAAAUUGCGAGCAUAAGAUUCAGAGGCAAGAAUGUGGUAAUUUUAGGAGAUAUAAAUGCUCAUCUCAUUGGAUAUGCAUCGACUAAAACGAAUAGAAAUGGGAAGAGUCUAUUAAGAAUAGCAAAAGGAUUAGAUCUGGAGGUACUCCCUAUUAGAGAGCCAACUUUUAAAGGCAGAAAUGGUAUUCCAACGUGUAUAGACUAUGCAAUGGUAGGCAAAGAAAUGCUGGAGGCUGUCAUGAAGGUUGGGAUUGUGGGCUAUCCUAUAAGCUCUGACCACAAUGCUAUAAAAGUCUCUCUUUCCAAAGAAAAGAUCAACGGUGAGACGAAAACAAUUAGGGCUAUACCUCAUAUUAAUGUGCGGAAGCUGUUGCAUGAACGAAAUAGAGCAAAAUACCAGAAGUACCCAUGCUGAGAUGCAUAGGAGAAAAUGCGAGUAGAGGGGAGUUAGGCCAAGAAUACUAUAGACUCAGCGCCACAAUAAGGGAAUCUGCAAUAGAUGCUCUAGGGACCCAAAUGAGUACAACAGGAUACAGAAUGAGCAGAUAUACUAGGGGUUGACUGAAAGAGUCGAGGAAUUUGUUCGAGGAAGCAUUGAUGGACAUCCGACGGGGAGAUAUAAAGUCCUACUUGGAGAAUCUCCGGUUUCAUAAGGAGGCACAAAGGACCUUCAAAAUGUUACUUGAAAGGGAAAAAAGGCAGACGGUUGCAGAGCGGAGGGCAGAAGAGAUGGUUUUAGGGAUCAAUGAAGCUUGGAAGUAUAUGACAUCCAUCAAGAAGAGAUCAAAUAGGGCAAUAAGCUUUCAACCUGAGGACAAGAGGAGUGUAAUUGAGUGGUGGAGGAAGAUGUAUAAUGGUCCUGAAAUUGGGGAACUGAUGCUGGCUGAGUCAUCGAAUAACAAUACUAUAACGAGAGAGGAAAUACUCAAAGAGAUUAGCUGAAUAAAGAAUGGCAAGGCGAAUGGACCUGACGGAAUCUCUGGAGAGCUCAUUAAAUAUGGUAGUGAUGAGUUAAAAAGGGAAAAUUGCAGAUCUUUUGAUGAGGAUGUGGGAAGAUGAGGAAAUACCAAAACAUAUGAAGUCAGCAAGUGUGAUUUUACUGCCAAAAAAAGGAGACGAUGUUAGACCUCAGAAUCUGAGACCGAUCACUCUGGUAAACGCGAUUUAUAAGUUAUUUGAUAAAGUGUUCACUAAUAGACUGAAUCGUGAUAUUAGCCUUAAGCACAUUAUGCACUGGACGCAAGGAGGGUUCACAAAAAAUCCAGGAGCUGUAGUGAUCAAAUCUUCAUUUUAGGAACAAUAAUUGAAAGCAGAGAAAGGUUGAACAAGGACACAUAUUGUGCGUUUUCUAGAUCUUAUGAAGGCAUUUGACUCAGUGGAAAGGAGAAUUUUGCUAGAGGUGAUGGCUAAAAGAGGGGUUGACAGAAAGUUAAUUGCUUUAGCAAGGGCGAUGGUAAGUGAUGAGGAGAGCAUGAUCAUUAUGAAUGGAGAGCAACAGAAACCAAUUAAAAUUAAUAGAGGAGUGCGACAAGGAGGAUGCUCUUUACCAGUGUGCUUUAAUUUCAUUCCAAAUGAGCUGGCAUGGAAAAUUGAAGAGCUUGGAUUAGGGGUACAACUGGAAGAUGGCCUUAAGAUUGGGAUAUUGCUUUAUGCUGAUGAUAUAGUUCUGAUUGCUGAAAAUCCACAUAUGCUGAGAGAGUUGGUAAGGGCAACUGAGUCAUGGGCAGAAGACUACAAGAUCGAAAUAAAUCAGGAAAAAUCGGAGAUAAUGACUUUUGGCAAAUCAUGUGAGGGUAUAAAUAUAAGGAUUAACGGAAAUCUAAUAAAAGAAGUGAAAGCCUAUAAAUACCUAGGAUAUGCGCUAGGAAAGAGAGUAAAAAACACUUACCACCUUGACGAAAGGGUUAGUAAGAUGAGAACAGCUAUGUGCUUGACCCUUGGCAGAUUGAAGUCACUGAAGAAUUUGCAAAUGCAGAAAAAGCUGACGAUACUGAGAGCGUGUAUAAACUCAGUAGGGCUAUAUGGAUUAGAGGUAACAGGGAGCACACUGGGGGCUGAAAGGGUACUUGAGCAGUUAGAGGUAAUUCAAAGAAGGUGGAUCAGAUGACUGAUGUCAGCUCCUCAGGGAGUAGCAAACGAAACUCUUUAUAUGGAUAGUGGUAUCAUGAGCAUGGAGAUGCAGUUGGCUGUGAGAGUCCUUAACUAUCGACUGAAGCUUGAAAGAGAACUCAAAAGGGGGACGAUGCUGGGUAAAGUGUAUGAACUGAAUGUGAAACAGGAGCUAUCAUCAUGAGCAAAAAUGAGUGCUAAAUGAUCGAGGUGGUGAAGCUUGAUGAGCUGAGGAUCUGACGACAAAAGGAAACUAGGAGGGUCAUUAUGAGCAGGAUGAUGCCUCAUGCUUGGAAUACGUAUAAGUUUAGAAUUGAAAAUGAAGUUCGUGCAACAACAAGGCUUUUUGUGACUCUGAAUGAGGGUAAAAGUGUCUUAGAGAGAAACCCGUACACUUACUUGAACUCUCAUAGGGCUCAGGAAAUUGCCUAUAUCUUUAGGCUCAGGGCUGGUUUUUAACAUAACUGCUAAGUCACAGAAUACAAGGCACUUGCGACAGAAUAGUAUUUGUAGAGGGUGUGGAUGAAUGGUAGAAGAUGAAAUUCAUCUUCUUGAUGAAUGUUAUUUAUAUGAUAGUUAUAGGGUGGAGUUAUUGAUAGAUUUAGAAAAGUGUGGGGUACUAUAUGAAGUUAUUGGAGAAAAAUUUAAGGUGCAUGAAAUUGCACUUUAUUCGCAGAGGUUUGUGGAGUGGUUUGAAGAAAAGCACAAAGAGAAAUUUGAAGAAGUGGAUGGCAAAAUUAAAAAGUUUAUUUAUUCAGUGAUGAAGUGUCGAGAGAGAAAUGCUGAGUUUCAGCGGUAAAUUACUAAAAAUAAAUAAAUAAAUAAUGACAAAGCUAUGAAUAUUUUAGGAAUAACUUUGAAUCAUGCUUUAGAUUCUCCAAUAUGAAAUUUUAUUCCUCAGCCCUAUGACCAGCUCCAUGAAAAAUGGAUGAAAAAUUUUUUACACUCAUCGAACACGAUAGAAGUUUAUAACGAUUGGCUAUUUUUACAAGACUAUAAAGGAUUUUUAAUAGAGUGUAAUAUCAUGAUAAAAGCUACAGCAUUUCAUAAUUCUGCAUAUUAUUUAAUUUCUUUUGAACAAGUCGCUGCUAAAUCUUCUCCAUCACUAAGCUAGCAAAAAAUUUUGUUCACAUAGAGGGGUUUUUUAAAAAACAUUAUAUGCAAUUUUUUUUUAUUUUUUAAAAAAAUCCUAAUAGCUUUUAUUAUGUUUUAAAGUGCAAUACAGAAUUAGCUAAAGCUUUCAUUAUAAUAUAUAUUAAAAUAUUUUUUCAAAAUAUAAGGAUUUUUCCAAUGAUUUUUUUUCUCACUCAUUGAGCGGGAUUAAGAGAGAAAUGGCUCUAAUAACAGAGCUUGGAAUAAUUAUUGGCCAUACUGAGCAUUUUUCUAGCACUAUUUUGCAUUCCGAAGCCAAUUUGAAAUGUAAACAUAUACUAAAAUUUCUACCAGGCUUUGACAUGCAAAAGGCAAAUGAGCCUAUAAACUUAAAAAUAAAAGACCAGGACCGACUUAUAGUGUAUAUACAAAAAAUGCUAAAAUCUACAAAACUUCAUAUUAUUUUUAUCAUUAAUGAUGAAGCAGAAAUAAAAAAAAUUAAAGAAAAUGAUAAUAAGCAACAAAUUUUUCAUUCAGAAACAAAUGAAUUUGAAAAUAAAAACUUUGAAAUGAUUAAGUUCCAAUACCAAUUUGAUAAGAUUUUUGAUGGGAACAAAAGAAGUUAUUUAAACGAAAGCUCUACACUGGAUUUAAGUCCUGCGCUUAACGAAAAUUCCUUUUAUGGUGAUGCUAGUAGCAGCACUUUUUCUAUAUUAAAAAUAAGUACUUUAUAAUUAGAGCAAUCACAAGAUUUGGCGCUUCAAACUAAAAAAAAGCUGAGAAUUUUACAAUUAAUAUUUUUCCUAUUGGUAAAAAUUAUUUAGAUUAUUUCAGCCAUCAGUUCAAUGGCUGCAAUAUUAGUUUAUGUAACAAGUGACAUUCCCUUAAGCACCUCUCCGACUAUUUUUACACAUUUAGGAGAACUUUUAUACGAUUUAGGGCUUUUAGCUGAUUUUUCAAGCGCUUUAGAUAUAGAAAUCCAAGCGAAUUCUCAAUCUUUGGACACGCAAAAGCUAGAAAAUACAAUUUUAUCAUUAAUUAAUAUCCAAAAUAGCAUCAUAUCUGAUUUUGAUGACCGAAAAUAUUGUAGUGCUUAUGAUAUUGCAACAGAUCAUAAAAUUCCUUUAUGAAAUUUUGAAGAAAAAAAGCCAAAAAUAUCGGACGAAAAUAUUUAUAACAUGAUAGGAGAGUUUAUUUAUCAUGUAAGAAUUAUUUAGGGACAAAAUAUGAUUAGUGACGUUAAAUCAAAUAAAGGAAAUUAUAAAGAACAUGCAAAAUUUUUAGUAAUAAAUGGUCUUGGGCUUGCUUAUAAAUAUACUGAAAAUGCUAUUAAAGAUAUAGAAGAAUGCGAAAUAGAUAAAAUAAAAAUGAUAGGACUGAAUGUCGUGCUAUUUUUAACAGCUGGCGUAAUUGCUACUUCUAUAUGAGUUGGGGUAAUUUUUUGGUUUAUUGUGCUGAUGUCGAGAAAUUAUGAUAAAUUUUGAAAUUUUUUACUAAAUAAUGCGCAGUUUUCAUUGUUAUUAUUAAAAAGUGCAGUUAUCGAUAGACUAUUAACAAUUCAUGGCAUUGAAUAUAAAAAUGAUGAAAAUAUCAGCAGAAAUUUUUAUAAAAUCAAAAGAAGGGUCGCUACCAAAAUUUAUAUAAAAUAUACAAUAAGGCUUCUGAUUUUUUUUGCUAUCACACUAAAUUAUUAUUUAUUGGUCCAGCUAUAUUUAUACCCCAUAUGCGAAACAUCCUUAAUAAACCGUCCUAAGCUACUAAAUAAUUUCAACUUAAGACGGUCCUUAUUAUCAAGAGUUUCAAUUUUCGCUAGAGAAAAAUCAUCAUUUUACCUAAAAGAAACAUUCCCAACCAUCUAUGACUUCGCAGACCCUAAAAUUAUGUUAAAUAAAACCGCAGCUUCCCUCUUUGACAAAAACGACGAAUUAAGACAAAAAGAAUUUUCGAAUUUAAUGUCAAAAGAAUUAAGAGAUGAAAUAUAUGAACAAAUUAAAGGGACUUCAAUGCUGAGUUUUGGCUCAUUUACAAGCAUAGAAAUUGCAAAAUAUGACCUUUAUGAUAUCGCUAAUAAAAAUUAUGUAUCAAAAGAGGAAAUGGAAGAGCUUUCGUAUCAUAUCACAUGCAUCGAAAAUCAAAUAAAUUUGGAGUAUCAAAUGGCUAACCAUGACUCCAAAAGCAUCAUCGAUUCACAAGUAAAUGUGAUUAUUUAUGCAUCUGUUUUUUAUUCUGUGGCUCUUCUCGUGCUAUUUUGUUUUUAUUAUUUCCCUUCAAUAAAUAGUGAAAUCAAGCAGCUCAAUUUAUAUUCAAUUCUGCCAAGUAUUUUGCAAAUCGGAUCAGAUCUAUAA